ACAUACUCUUUAAAAAUACCUGGUUUAAUUAGUCUUGAAUCUCAUGUUUCUAGCACUCGAAGGCCUUCACUGGAGCAGAGAGAAGAAAGAGGGGAUAUAAAUCUUUUUAGUUGAGGAAUUUACUAAAAUAACUACUCUUUUUUAUACUUUAAAUAUGAUUUUGAGGUUAAAAGCGAAGCAAUGAAUAUAGUAGAAUACGACAAGAACGUUUCACCUUCUUUCACGGCAAUAAGAGAAAGUUUAUGCCAGCUUUACAAUAUUGAGGAUUUUCACUUGAAUAAGAUUGGAGAAGGAUUUUUCUCUGUUGUUUAUAAGGCAAUAAAUAAGGAAACAUCAGAAAGUUUGGUAUUAAAACGUCUAAAAUUAAAAGAGGAUAAUCCAAAACGUAUAGCCCAACAUCAAAGAGCAGCUUUAAACGAAAUUGAAUUGCUUCGGCAACUUUCUCACCGGAAUGUUAUUAAAUUAAAAGGUGUUUGUACGGAAAAUGGACAUUUACACGCACUUACGGAGUUAAUGGAUGGAGGUUGUUUAGAGUCUUUGGCUACAGACUGUAAUAGGGAUCUAACAUGGAGUGUCAGAUUGCAUUUGGCUUUGGAUAUAGCUAGAGCUAUGAAAUAUAUACACAGUAAAGGCUAUAUUCACAGGGACUUGACGGCUAGUAAUGUUCUCUUAAAGUUAACGAAUAAUAGAGAAGGUUUACAAGCAGUUGUUGCUGAUUUCGGUUUGGCUACAAAAGUACCAAAGAAAGGAAUAAAAUUGCCUGUUGUAGGAUCACCGUUCUAUAUGUCUCCAGAGUGUUUAAAUUCAAAGUUUUACGACGAAAAAACAGAUGUUUUUUCGUUUGGUAUCAUUCUUAUACAAUUAAUAUUAAGAACUGACUCUGAUCCUGAUCGAAUUGCUCGUACAACCGCUUAUGGACUUAAUUAUGUUGAAGUUGGAAAGAAAGUGAAAGAAACAAUGUGCCCUCUUGCCCUAUUAGCAGAUGCCUUCUACUGUUGUCAGGUAGAUCCGAAAGAACGACCAAGUUUUUCAAAAUUAACUGUCGAUUUGGGUCGGUUGUUAAACUCACCUAAUUACCAUGAGAUUGUAGCAGAUCAAGAAUCUUUACCUGCUAUUGUUCGGUCAACACACUUGAAAAAGAUUGCCGAUAAUAUUGAAUGUAAGAAAAGGUCUAACAGAAGAUUACCAGGAGGUCAUUUAUUUUCUUUAACGGCUGCUGUUGUUGGCAAUGUGAUGUCGGAAUUAGAUGCAGCAAAUGAUUACACACUUUUGGAUAGAAGUAUCUUUGAGCUGAGAUUUCAGCACAAGAAACUAAUGCCGGGAAGUGCUUCCAGUGAUGAAUUUUUAUGGAGGAGUACAGACGAAUUAGAUAGUUCAAUAACCUCUGUUUCGGAUUGUGAAGCUACGCUACGGCGAACACAUUCCUUCCCUAAAAGGAAAAGGAAGGACGAUAAAGAAGAUAUCUCAGAGUUAAGUGACGACGGUGACUCAGGUGUUGCAAUAGGAUUUCUAAAAUCCCCAACAAAUUUUAAAAUGUUCAAUGAUGAAACUGACUGUGAUUUUAUUACUCCAAAUACAGUUUGGAAUUUAGCAAAGGCUUGCGAAGAAAGAGAUAAAGAAGCUCAAUUUUCAUCGGUAAGACGACGAAUGGGCUGUGCAAUGGAUUAAUAAAUCGACCUAUAGUUGAUUUAGAUUCUUUUUUUUUUUUUUGCUGUUUAUUUUUUGUUCUUUUGUUCAAAUGUAAAACUAUAAUUUUCAUGUCAUUCAAAAAAAAAGAGAAUAACAUGUUUUU